AUGCCUCCGCACUCGCCAAUCGCCUCCCACUUUCGGAGCAGGUUGACUGCCCAAGUGCGAAGAGUUUUGCCAGCAUAUGUCGUACUCGUGGUCCUGUGCCUGUUUUUCGUUGACUCGCAUAUUUUUACCGCCCCCUUUCGAGCUGCACACCGACAUCGAAGAGAGUUGAGGUACCAACAGCCACUUAUAGCGUCGACCUCUGUGAUACCCAGGAAGAUCUGGCAGACUUGGAAGAUCGGCCCUCUUGCCUUUGAACAGCGGGAUUCCGAUACAGCUAAGACUUGGCCAGCAAUAAACCCACGAUACAGAUAUGAAGUCUUGACGGACGACAAUGCCAACCAGUACGUCGAGUGGCACUAUGGGCCUCGAGGCUUCAAUCGACCAGACAUCGUCGACCUGUGGAAAGAGCUGAGAAUAACAAUCAUCAAGGCCGAUCUCCUCCGCUACCUCGUCAUGUACGCCGAAGGCGGUGUGUAUGCUGAUAUAGACGUCGAGUCGAUUCGACCCAUCGAAAGAUUCAUACCUGAACGGUACGACGAGCAUGAGGUCGACAUGAUCAUCGGUAUCGAGAUCGAUGAGCCAGCGUGGAAGGACCAUCCAAUUCUGGGAUCCAAAUGUGCGUCAUUCUGCCAGUGGACGUUCGCGGCGAAGCCACACCUCCCUGUCAUGAUGAGACUUAUCGAAAACAUCCAGGACUGGCUUCAUGCAUUGUCACAUCAGAAGGGUGUUCCCAUAUCAGAGCUGAAACUGGACUUCAAUGAAGUUAUUAGUGGCACCGGUCCCUCGGCCUUCACAACGGCAGUUCUCGACCAAAUGACGGCACAAAACAAGGGAAAGAAGGUGACCUGGGAUAUGUUCCACAAUCUCGUCGAGUCGCGGCUCCAGAACGGCAUACUAGUUCUCAACGUGGAAGCCUUCGCAGCCGGUCAAGGCCAUUCAGAUUCGGGCAACCAUGGCUCACGAGCAGCGUUGGUUAAACACCACUACCAUGCCUCGGGAUGGCCGCUGCUCCACCCGCGAACCAACCACCCACUUUACGGUGAGGUCGAAAAGUGUAAUUGGAAACCAGAAUGUAUUCAUGAAUGGGACAAGAACGUCGCCGAGUGGGAUACACUGUCGAAAGAGGAACAGGAUAAGCGUAUUGCCACCAAGCCGCAACUACCUAUAUUGCCGUUUUAG